CCUCUCUUAGCGGUCUUAUCCUUUCUCACUAUUUCUCUCUCCGCGAGUGCACCGAAUCAAUGUCUUCCCUCCAUUUUCCCGCCAUCUUCGUUGCUUCUCCUCACUCCUCCUUCCGAAACAGAUCCGUCUCUUUCGCUUCUCCCCUCUCCGAAACGCCCGUUUCGGGAAGCCGUCUCGGUUUCUCGACCGUUGCCUCCCGCCACAAUUCCCCACAUCUCCGUACGGAAGGGAAUCGGAAUCUCUUGAGAAUAUCCGCUGCAGGAUCCGAAUCCGAGUCCGACUCCGAAUCUUCCGAUGGGAAGAGAGAACCCAUGCUCCCUCCCUACAACGUUCUCAUCACCGGAUCAACCAAAGGAAUUGGGUAUGCACUUGCUAAAGAAUUCCUAAAAGCAGGUGAUAAUGUUGUAAUAUGCUCACGAUCAGCUGAACGGGUAGAAUCUGCUGUUCAAAAUUUAAGAGAGGAAUUUGGGGAGCAGCAUGUGUGGGGUACUGUCUGCGAUGUUAGAAAUGGGAAUGAUGUCAAGGCUCUCGUUAUAUUUGCCCGUGAGAAGCUCAAAUACAUAGAUAUAUGGAUUAACAAUGCUGGAUCAAAUGCCUACAGCCAUAAACCGUUGGCUGAAGCUUCUGAUGAAGAUCUUAUAGAAGUUGUCACAACAAACACCCUUGGUUUGAUGAUCUGUUGCCGAGAGGCAAUAAAGAUGAUGUCGAAUCAGCCUCGAGGGGGUCAUAUUUUCAACAUUGAUGGAGCUGGUUCAGAUGGAAGGCCAACCCCUCGAUUUGCAGCUUAUGGUGCAACAAAGCGGAGUGUGGUGCAUCUAACAAAAUCCUUACAGGCUGAAUUACAGAUGCAAGAAGUUAAAAACGUUAUGGUGCAUAACCUCUCGCCAGGAAUGGUCACGACGGACCUUCUCAUGUCUGGGGCGCUCACAAAGCAGGCGAAGUUCUUCAUCAAUGUUUUAGCCGAACCUGCUGAAGUGGUUGCAGAAUAUCUUGUACCUUCCAUCAGAUCCAUCCCCACCAAUGGAUCCAUGAAACCCACUUACAUUCGUUUCCUAACCGGCCUGAAAGCAUACUCCCAGAUCUUUUCAAGAUUUGCUUUUGGGGCCAGGAGAAACAGAUACCUGAUUGAAGAUUGAAAAGCCUUGUUCCAUUCUCUUUUUCUUAUGAUAUUAGGUAAUUAUUUGUAUUAUUCUUCUUCUUCUUUUUUCCUUGUAAGAAUUUUUUAUUUUUUAAUAGCAAUUUUGGUAUAUUGACAUGAUUUUUUCUCAAAUACAUCCCAUCGUAUUACAAUAUGAUAUGUUGGGGCCUUAGACAUUGGAAUUGGGUACUUUUCAAUACGCAAAUGCUUUAUGUGA